GCGCAAGGUGAUGAAAGGUUGAGAAGCGGUUUGAUAAUUAGUUAAGACAAUGCAACGCUGUUUUUUUUGUAUUCUAUUCUCAGCACUUUGUCUCUUCCAACAACGUGUGGAUCACAAAUUCACCUUAAUUUAGAUUUACAUUUAAUUUAAUAUUAAUCAUAAUCUUAAUCAUAAUCAUCAUCACAUUAUUCAUUCACAAACUCAGAUUCCAAUUCACAUCUUCUGAGAUUUAAGACUCCCUCUCUCACCUUAUACGCGAAAGAGGGAGACUUAACCCUUUCUCCUCUCACACAUCUCAUUGUUGCAAGAUGGUUGCAAACAAAUUUGUUGUUGAUUUGAAUAAGCCCCUUGUUUGUCAGGUUGGUCAUCUUGGUGAAGAUUAUGAAGAAUGGGUUCACCAACCUAUUAUGGGUAAGGAAGGUCCUCGUUUCUUUCAUAGUGAUUUAUUAGAGGUUUUCACGCGAACGGCUUGGUAUGUGAUUCCAAUUGUUUGGGUGCCAAUUGCAUCUUGGUUCAUUUAUAACUCUUUUAGAUUGGGACUCCCUGUUCCUCAUCUCCCUCUUUUUGUGGUUCUUGGCAUUUUCGUAUGGACAUUGGCCGAAUACUUGUUGCACCGUUUUCUUUUCCAUGUUCAAACUACGAGCUAUUGGGCAAAUACAUUGCAUUAUCUUCUUCAUGGUUGCCACCAUAAGCAUCCCAUGGAUAGCUUAAGACUUGUUUUCCCACCAGUUGCAGCCGCUUUAAUAGCCCUCCCGAUCUGGUCGUCAGUGAAGCUUGUAUGCCCUCCUUCAAUUGCUCCUGCUGUGUUUGGAGGCAUUUUGUUGGGCUAUGUAAUGUAUGAUUGCACACAUUACUACUUGCAUCAUGGUCAACCAAAGAGUGAUGUGCCCAAAAAUCUAAAGAAGUACCACUUGAAUCAUCACUACCGAAUCCAGAGCCUUGGCUUUGGCAUCACAUCACCAUUCUGGGAUAAGGUUUUUGGAACGGUUCCUCCUCCAUCAAAGGUGGAUGCCAAGCGUAGAUAAGUAGCAGUUGAGCCUGCAUUUGUUCAUUGGUUAAUUAUAGCAGAUUGAGGAGUUUAGACAAAAAAAAGUCAAGAAUUUAUGUUUGUGAUUGUCUAAUUUUCUUUGCUCCUUUGAUGUUUUUUGAGGGUUAAGGUGCCAUCUUGUGUGAACAUUAUGUAAAAAUCGAUAAUAUGUAUCAAAUUUAUUUAGUAGGUAAACUCUUUUGUCUGUGCACA